AGAACACAUUGCAUGUGGAAAUUAACAAAAGAUAGUUUUUUGAUUGUAAUGAUAUAAAGCUAGAUUUACGGCUUGAUUUAUUGCUGUUUAAAACACACUUAAAGUGAAAUCAAUAACAGUCGUAUUUUUUGUACAUAAUCGCAUCGUUAAGGCACAUAUGCUCAGAUACGUUUCUGGAAGUGAUACACCACUUUAUUUUCAGAAUCAAAUGGUUGUGUGACGACCUAUUUUAGUGGGUCCAAAAUCGCCCCAGAAAUCGUCAAUGAAACGGCUCGGUUGACCGUUUUGGCGAUUUCCUAUACAACUAACUCACUAGGAUUAUAUAUACGUAAUGCAACAAGCUAUACCAACUAUAUCAACACAAUCAGACAUAGCUAAAGUCAUGCAGCCCCAUUCAGCACAAAACAUGAUUUUGCCAGCCAAUAAAAAGACCAAAAAGUAUGCUCAACAGGUGCUAUCUUCAAAGCCACAAUCCCUUCAGCCUAUGCAACUGCAGCAUAACCAUCAAACUCCACAGCCUCAGUUUCAGAUAAACAAGGCAUACAAUGUGGUGUCCAUUCUUAAGGCAACAGCACAGAAUGCUCAACAGUCUCCGCACUUGACGCAUCAGCAACAACAAUCCCAUCACCUUCAGCAAACACAGCAGCAUCAACAAAGCUAUGCAAACGUUGUAAAUAGAUCCAUAUCUGGGUCUGGAUCAGUUGGAGCCCACCAAUCAACGGUUAUAUGUAAUGGCUCAAACAUAAUGACCGUGAAUAGUUGCCAACUGAAUUCCGGUGAUUUGAAUUCGACUGCCAUUUACAACCUAUCCAGUCACCGGGGUUUACCUGGAAGCCAAGAUGGAAACGUUCGUUUUCUAAAUGUACCGGACACUACGAAAAAUGGCAACAACAUCAGCGCAUCAGUAGUAUCAAGUAACUCUACCACUGGAGUCGGAAACGGAACGACUUCUUGUACUGGAGUUGGAGUCAGUAAUAACGGUCAAAUUACAUUGACCAAUUCGCAUAUAGGAACAACUAUGGGAGUCGCUCUGGGCACGACUACAGCAGGCACAACCUACAUGCACGAGAAGAAUAUUGUUGGCGUUAGCGUCAAUUGUGUUGAUACUAGUAGAAAGUAUGAUUUCAAAAACAGUAGUUUGAUAAAAAAUAAUAGCUUCCAAGCAUCGACAGAGUAUGUUUCAACGGGAAACAAUAGUUCUGGUAAUAGCCGUUCAAAUCCACAAAGUGGGGGAAUAUUUCGUGGACAACCUCCAGCGGCGAAUACCCCACGAGGUGCCAGCAGCGGUGCAGCACGCCAUGUUCAUGUUCAACCCAUGUACUCACAGCCCCUUCACCAGAACAUGGUGAUACAACAAUACACACAAUAUAACCCGCGACAACAAACAUUUCCAACCUCUCAUAUGCAAUAUGCACCAGCCCCAAUGCCCUACUACCAGUACCAAUACGUGCCAACUCUUCAACAGCAGCCGCCGCCACAUACUCGUAGUGCCGUAGCGGUUAAUACAAACGUCAAUGUGGGAAACACUUUGCAACCAGUCCAGUCCGGACCAAAUGGGCCUCUGACAGGUCCAGGAGCUACGUCGUCGCAGCUACAAUUGAUCACUAGCACAGUGCAGCCAGGAACAAACACUGUAAUGGGUGUUGGUGGUCCUGGCAGUGGAAUGGGACAGGUGGGUGUGCCGCCAAUGGUUGGGGUUGGUGUAAUGCCAGCAAGUGUGCAGCCGCAACCCGUACAGGUGCAACCAGCAAGCAGGCGCCGGCAUCAGCAUCGCUUGCAGAUAAUCGACCCGGCAACUAAAAAAAAUAUUUUGGACGAUUAUGAUAAGACAAACUCCAACACAGAUAAUGACUUCUCGGAGCAGGUAACACUUCCAAACACGCCGACAGUAGUCUUAUCAGAAGGUCAAAUACGUAUUCCACAGCAAGAUAGUGUUGGAAUAAAUAAUUUAAGCAAUAUAACAUCACAAGGAUCCGAAACACGGACAAACGCGUCUUACACCCCCGUUGAACCAAUAUCAAUAAGUCGCCAGGAUGUUGGACCGACUCCUAUCGUAUCCGCGAUGUCUGAUGCACCUUCGGUUGAAAUAUUACCUACUCCUCAAAGAGGUAGAAGCAAAAAAAUUCCCAUAGUGUCUCCCAAAAAUGUAUCUGAGGCUACUGCUGCUCCUACCACUGAUGAAACGGAUGAUGCAGUGUCGAAACCGAUUGUCGCAACAACUAAGGAACCUGCAGAACCAAGCCUGGCGCAUCAAAAAUUACUCACAUCCGAAUCACCGCAACAGAAGCAAUCGGUAUCAAAUACUGAGAUUACAAAGGAGGAACCAUCUAAAUCGGAGGAUACAAAUAUUGCUGAACUCCUCGAUUCUGGUGUGCCUUCCGGAAACCAUCCAACAGAGUUACUGUCUUUCAAUGUAAAAGACAGUGAACCACCAUCAAAUUUUUCUGAAGAACCUGAAAUCGCUAGUACUGGCGAAAUUCCACUUCCUGAUUUCAUCGAAGAUUCGCCUAAUAUGCACACAGCUUUAGAUAAUUCUGAAUCUACACUGUCCAUCGAAAUAUUAGACUCUACAGUGGAAAGUUUUAAGGAUAACCAAAGCGCAGAGCAACAAACACAACCAGAACUAAAUUUAAGAAGUGUCCCCGGUGAGACUGAAAUAUCAUCAAUGGCAUUAAAAGAAGUGACUGAUUUGGACAACCGUCAAACCGAAACAAAAGACACUAUAAAAUCUAAAAAUAAUAAUGACGAUAUUUCAGAAGACCUCCCUACUCGAGAGUCAACAACAGAGUCCCUUUCAAAGAAUAAUACAGGAGAGGAUGUAGAUCACCAGUCCGACUCAAGUUCAGAUUCAAAGCCAGUGGAGGACUUGGAGGACCAACUCCAGUCUACUGAUCCAAAAGAUGAAGGUACAGGAACAACCGUAUCAUCCUUUAUCAAUUAUAAUGAGGGUCAAUGGUCGCCAAGCAAUCCAAGCGGCAAGAAACAAUACAACCGAGAGCAGUUACUACAAUUACGGGAGGUAAAGGCCUCUCGUAUACAACCAGAAGUGAAAAAUAUUUCUAUUCUUCCCCAACCGAACUUAAUGCCAUCAUUUAUCAGAAAUAACAAUAACAAUAAACGAGUACAAUCGAUGGUUGGAAUGAUUGGAAAUCGUAGCAGUGAAUCCGGUGGAAAUUAUAUUGGCAAGCAAAUGUCGAUGUCAGGUGUCCAGGGUGGUGGCGGCAGAAGCAGUAUGAAAGGCAUGAUCCAUGUUAAUUUAUCUUUGAACCAAGAUGUAAAACUUAGUGAGAACGAAAAUGCCUGGCGCCCACGAGGCUUAAAUAAAUCGGAUGGUGAUAGCGAUGCAAAAUCGACACAUGAAAAAGAUGAAUUGGUACGUCGGGUUCGAGGUAUUUUAAACAAGCUUACCCCAGAAAGGUUCGAUACGCUUGUCGAGGAGAUAAUAAAAUUGAAAAUUGAUACGCCCGACAAAAUGGACGAAGUUAUUGUGCUGGUAUUUGAAAAAGCAAUCGAUGAGCCAAACUUUUCUGUGUCCUAUGCCAGACUAUGCCAUCGUUUAAUUUCGGAAGUAAAGACGCGAGACGAGCGCAUGGAAAGCGGCACAAAAUCUAAUUUGGCACACUUCCGAAACGCUUUGUUAGAUAAAACGGAACGGGAAUUCACACAGAACGUUUCACAAAGCACUGCAAAAGAAAAAAAAUUACAGCCAUUUGUGGAUAAAAUAAAGAAAUGUACAGAUCCAAACGAAAAAGCUGAACUUGAGGCAUUCUUAGAAGAGGAAGAACGUAAAAUACGACGGCGCUCCGGAGGCACAGUAAGAUUUAUCGGGGAACUUUUUAAAAUAUCCAUGUUGACUGGCAAAAUAAUAUAUUCUUGCAUUGAUACACUUCUUAAUCCUCAUUCUGAAGACAUGCUUGAAUGCCUUUGCAAGCUGCUCACAACUGUGGGUGCCAAGUUUGAGCAGACCCCAGUAAAUGCAAAGGACCCAAGUCGGUGUUAUUCAUUGGAAAAAUCCAUAGCCAGGAUGCAGGCAAUCGCCUCAAAAUCUGACAAAGAUGGAGCAAAAGUAAGCUCUCGAGUGCGUUUUAUGCUACAAGAUGUAAUUGAUUUACGCAAAAAUAAAUGGCAAACUUCGCGCAAUGAGGCACCCAAAACUAUGGGACAAAUUGAAAAGGAGGCGAAAAACGAACAGCUUUCUGCUCAAUACUUUGGUACACUUUCCAGUACUACACCUGUAGGAUCGCAGGGCGGCUCUGGUAAGCGAGAAGAUCGUGGCAACGCUCGAUACGGUGAUUCUCGCUCUGGUAGCGGAUAUGGUGGCAGUCACAGUCAACGUGGUGACAACGGGAAUCUGCGACACCAGCAGCAAAACAACACUGGCGGAGUUGGUCACUCCAAUGGGAACAAUGAUGACAAUACUUGGCACGUGCAAACCAGUAAAGGAAGCCGAUCGCAAGCAGUUGACAGUAAUAAACUGGAGGGUCUGUCUAAACUUUCUGACCAAAACUUAGAGACCAAAAAGAUGGGCGGAUUAGGGCAAUUCCUUUGGCCCAGCAACACGACAAGACAAUCAUCUGCGCCUACAUCAACACCAUCUAAUCCUUUCGCUGUGCUAUCUUCUCUAAUUGAUAAAAAUAGCAGUGAUAGGGAUCGCGAUCGCAGUGGACCCAGAAAUAAGGGAUCCUAUAACAAAGGAUCUAUGGAGCGCGAUCGUUUUGAUAGAGGUAUUCAUUCAAGAACUGGAUCUUCUCAAGGAUCACGAGAAAACUCGUCCUCCCGAGCUGGCCAGCAGGGUCAAGGUCGCAGUUUGUUAGGUUCGUCAGUUCAAAAAUCUGCUAGUCAUUCAAAAUACACGCAACAGGCACCACCUUCACGACAUACUGGCAAAACACAGACAUUGCUGGGCAGUUCUAACGUCAACACAGGUGGACUUUACCGUGGAAGUGAACAACCGUCUCCUACAUCCGCAACUUUCUCCCAGAGUAGUCGUUCUGUUGCUCCCGUGGCAGUGCUUAAUGAGGCUGGAGAAACGGAACUUAAGCUCAUCAAAUCAGUUGUCUCAGAAAUGAUUGAGCUUGCAGCCGCUUCUAAAGCAGUAACGCCCGGUGUAGUUUCUUGCAUGAAACGAGUACCAGAGGAAUGGCGCUGUAGUUUCUUAUAUUACAUAUUGACAGAUUAUUUGCAUUUAGCGAAUGUCGGUAAACAGUACAGACGGUAUCUGGCCAUUGCUGUUUCCCAACUUAUUCAACAGAAUUACAUCUCUGUGGAUCACUUCAGACUGGCGUACAAUGAAUUUAGCGAGUACGCAAACGAUUUAAUUGUUGAUAUUCCAGAGCUUUGGCUAUACAUUCUUCAAUUUGCCGGGCCAUUAAUUGUGAAGAAGAUCUUGACAGUAUCAGAUGUGUGGAACAAAAAUUUAAAAGACAACAGCCCAUCAAGCGUGGCUAAAAAGUUCCUUAAAACAUACUUGAUAUAUUGUACACAAGAAGUUGGACCAAAUUUUGCUCGGAGUAUGUGGAUUAAGUUCAACCUAAAAUGGUCUGAUUUUAUGCCUGAAAGUGAAGUCCCUGACUUUAUAAAAUUCAACAGACUGGAGUAUAUAGAAAACGAGUCAAAAUCGCCAGUGAUUGAGCAACGAGAGUCGCCAGAGAAGCAGGUUAAAAAUGUGAUAGACCAUAUUGAGCACUUGCUAAAGGAAGGAACGACGGCAGAUUGCAUUAUUGAUUAUAGUAACGGAAAUAUAAUGCUGGUUGAUAAGUUGUUUAUUAGGGGAUUGACCGAAACAUUAAGCAAUUUCUCGAUUCUGUACAAGGAAAAUAGUUAUAAACUUGAGACCGAAACCUUCCAAAAGUUUUGCAUACCAGUUUUGCAAAGAUACAUUGAUUCUAAUGAAGACCAUCAACUGGAAUGCUUAUAUACUAUGCAACUAUUAGUUCACCGUUUGGAGCAUCCAAGGGGAUUGCUGAGUGAACUGAUUGGCGAGCUUUAUGAUGGCUAUGUAAUACAAAAGGAAUCGCUCUGUAAGUGGCGCGAUUCAAAGGAUCAGUCAGCUGGCAAAGGCGUUGCUGUAAAAAGUCUUAAUCCUUUCUUUAACUCGUUAUUAAACGAUGAGGCCAACUGAAACCGCAAAGUAGCUGGCCUAGACAGCAUACAUUUAAAAUUUGUAAUAAAAUUAAUUAAAAAGAGAGUUGGCUGGUGAAGAAUGUUCAUUAACAGUAUAUAUAGAUUUCGAUAUGGACUUAUUCAAUAGAGAUUCUGGUUCAUGCAUUAAGAGUAUAUGCAACAAUAUAAAAGUGUAUAACAUAUGUAAAAUAAAGCGAACCUAAAGGAAAUUUAGAGUUGUACAUGGAUACUGCUCGUCCUUAA